CUUCUCUCACCAUUAUUUUCUAGAACGGGAGAGAGCUAUACUUGUUCAACUCUAGCAUAAAUUAUGGUUGGAUUUUCCUAUUCAUCACCUCAUUCCAAUGGAGAUCCAAAGGCAAUAGAAAAGAUCAAGAACAAAAGGACAAUAAUUUAUCCUAAUGGCUUCACCAUCACAUGGGGCAACGACAAUCGUUAUUGGCGCUUGCCUCCUCAAUCUUCCAAUCCGAAGGAGUCGAGUGCAGCAGCAGAGUUACUACAAGUGUCAUGGUUGGAGGUGACAUGUUGGACAGACAAUGUGGAGGUCGGAAAAAGCUACAGAGUUGGGUUCAACCUUUCCAUGACGGCCGCAGCGUUUGGAUGGAAAGGAUGUGAAGUUUACAUAAUGGCAAAGAUUGGGAAGGCAGGCAAAUAUGUGUACAAGAAGGUGCGUCUUGACACUCAAUGCUCUCAUCAGAACAAAUUCAAUAUGCCGGAGAAUGAUUUAAUUAUCACCGUGAACCCUCUGCCGAGCUCGCCAGGAGAUCACCGUCUCUACUUCGGGAUGUAUGAGGUUUGGAGCGGGAGGUGGAAGGGAGGACUCAAAAUCCACCACGCAUUUGUUGAGAAGCUCGGGGACUAGAGCUCGGCGGAUCGAAAAGAAUUAUUCAAUAUAACGGUCACUCUCAAAAUGGAAAUGUUUGAAAUAUUAUGUAAUAAAAUAUUGAAUGUUGA